GCUGAAGCAGAGAGACAGACGGACGACAGCUGAGUCUCACGGAGAUCUGAGAGGACGUUUCCACCCGCAGACGGACGCUUGGCCCUCCUGGGUCCUCUUCAGUUCUCCUCAGACCUCCUGAGUCCUCUUCAGUCCUCCUCGGCCGGAGUCUUGUCUUGACUUUGAAGGACUUUAGCUUCGUUGCUCCAGAGAUCCGUCUUCACUGAGGACCAGUGAGAGCGGGAACCGGUGUUGUGCCGUCAUGGCGGCCGUGCGUCCGCUGGUCCCGGAGCCGUCGUCCUUCCCGGUCCUGCCGGCCCACCUGCUGGAGGAGUUCCCCCAGCAGCUGCCGGUGCCGCAGGGCCCGGCGCGGGGCCGGAGCCGGUCCCGCCGGCCCCGCCAGGCCCGCUUCAAGACGCAGCCCGUCACCUUCGCCGAGAUCGCCGAGGUGGAGGAGGAGGGCUCGUCCCCGCUGGAGGAGGAGCGGGCCCGCCGGUCCUUCCUGCAGUCCCUGGAGAACCUGCGCCGCAGCACCCAGACGCUGCACCUGCCGCCGCCGCCGGGGGCGCCGCGCCGCGGCUCCACGCCCACGCAGCCCGGCCCGGACUCCAGCGACUCCGACUGCCCCCAGUGAGGCGGCCGGACGCCUCCCGGGGCUGGGACCCGGUUUCCCCGACCUGGGACCGUCUCCUGGACAAUGUUUCCUCUAAACUGCGCGCGUGCGCAAUCGCGCACUGCCCGCAUAUUCUCAGCGCACAAGAAAAUCUAUCCAGCGCAGUGCUUUAAGUGGGCCGGUACGCACCGGUACGGAGUACCCCCACUUCUCAAUAAUAGCCUCUGGGGUACCAGGACUUUUUACGGCGUACCGGGACUUCUCAUGAGCUCACAGUACUCUGUUCUCUCCUUGCAAUUUGGCUACAGUGGCGUCGCAACGCGACUGCCCCUCGUGAGACGUUCACUCGUAAAGCCUGAUUUAUGAUU